UUGAAGCUUUAAUUAUUCUUUUGCCUGUCCAUGUCAGAAGCUACUGAGGCAGUAUUUGCUACAAUCUAAAGAUGAAAUGGCUCAUCUUCCUUGAAACAGGUUUUAUGUCUGUUCCGUGAGAAUUAAAUCCGACAAAUCUCACUCUGCUUGCAGUUCUCUAAUGAUCUGCAUAGAUCUCUAAUUGCAGAACUUUUGAAGGAUUGGCCCCAUGUUUUGCCAGGCUUUCUCUGCAAAUUGCACGUUCCAGUAAUGGUACAUAUUUUCUAUAUACUCGUCCAUGUCUUUAUUAUGGAUCCUACGGUUUUUUUAAGUAAACCAUAUCUGAAGUACUGAAUAAUAUCUGGUUGUUAGGAUUGUCCUGUCCCGCAAGGAAGAUAUGAAUAUCAUUGAAUUUGGUGAGAAAGAUCUAUGCAUGGAAAACUCAUGUCAAAAUACCCAACUUCAAUCUCCUUAUAUUAUUCAUUAUGGGGAUAAUGAAACAACAGGUUUUCCUAGUCCCCAUAUUCCAUCAUUGGUUCAUUCUUCAAUGGUGCAACACAACCAUUCUAAAAUCUUGCCUAGGGUUUCCACUAGAGGGCUUAUAAACAGUAAGGCAGGGAAUGUCAAUGCCAAACAAAUGCACAAGAUUAUUGAAAGGCAGAGGCGGUUUGACAUGACAGCAAGGUUUUCUGUAUUGAGAUCUUUACUUCCAGAAGAAUAUAUUCCGGGAAGACGUUCAUUAUCAGAUCAAGUCGAAGAAGCUGCUGAUUACAUUAAGCAUCUACAGGAACAUGUAAAUGAGCUUGCCAAGAGAAGAGAAGACAUGAGAAUUUUGCCCAUUUCUAAUUGUAAUGAGAAAAAUUGCAAGGUUUUUCCGUCUAUUGGUGGAUCACGAUCCUUUCCAUCUGUGAAAAUAAUGGCUAUUGGUUCAGGCUUCAGAUCCUGAACGUUUUGACAUGACAAAUCUUCAUCAGAAGCUCUGCCGUCUGCUCAAGCAAAUCUAACUGGUGAUAGGUCAGGAUGUUUCAAGUAUAAAUUUCAUCUUUAUUUAAGCCUGCUUUGUUAUCUGAUGUAGAGAAACCGGCAUUAUUAUCCUGUAACGUAUAGAGGCUAAUGAUCAAUCACCAUAAUAAAUGCCAUUUAAAUAUGACUUUGUAGACUUGGAUAGGGCAAAAAUCAAAUUGAAAUCGAACGAAGAAUUUAUAUUCCCUAAUAGGCCAGUGAUGCUAGAGCUUUGUCUGUGAAAAAAUACAAAUAUGAGGAAUAGAUUAGAAGUAACUGGUGCUGAUCAAGUAAUUGUAUGAUGGGAAGAGGCUUGUUUAAAAGAUCCUUCCUAUUAUGUAGUUAAUCUAUUCUGCAUACAAACAAUUUUCUAUCCUUAGUUUUUGAUAUUAUUGGCAAAGACUACAAACUUGAUGUAAAUUUGAGUGAUGAGGGAAAUUAUGUAGGCUGGGAUGUAAACAUGAAUGAUAAGGGAAAAGUAUGUAGGCUGGGAUCUUAAUAUGAGUGAUGAGGGAAAAGUAUGUUUCUGAAAAAGUGUGGAAAGAUUGAACUCGAAAUAUAUGCAUGCUAUUGAAC